AUGAUGCUUCAGAGUCUUUGGGGAUCUGGAACCAAGUCGAGAGAUCUAUCUGCUAUAGAGGCCAAGAUUAACACGGAGGUGAAUAUGAACUUUUUAAAGUUUGGCCACGAAUUGCGCGCUUUUAACCGCCCACCCGAACACACGGCCACCAUACGGGAGAAGCUAGCCUUCUAUUUCCCGUACGAGCCCGAAAAACCCGUCCCUGACACGAUCUGGCAGACGUGGAAGGUGGAUCUGGACGACGACAAGUUCCCGGCCAAAUACAAGCGGUUCCAAUCGUCUUGGGUGAUCAAGAAUCCAGAUUACCAUUACCAUUUGAUUCCAGACAACGUGAUUGACCAGUUUGUCGAGCAGAUGUACGCAAAUGUGCCUGAGGUGGUGAGAGCGUAUCAUCUGCUCCCGAAAAACAUCAUGAAAGCAGACUUUUUCCGGUACCUGGUGAUCCACGCUCGCGGCGGUACAUACUCGGACAUGGACACGAUCUGUUUGAAGCCCAUCAAGGACUGGGCCACGUUUAGUAAGGAAAUUAUCUACGUUGCAAAUUUCCGGGAGUUUCAGAAAAAGAUGCCUAUGCCUGUUGUUGACCCGGAGUCGCGCACCACGCCUGUGGGGCUGACCAUUGGUAUCGAGGCAGAUCCAGACAGACCCGACUGGCAUGAGUGGUUUGCAAGACGGGUGCAGUUUUGUCAAUGGACUAUUCAGGGGAAGCCAGGACACCCGCUGCUACGGGAGCUGAUUAUACGGAUAGUGGAGGAGACGUUCCGCAAGGAGGCGCUUGGGACGCUGAAGAAAGUUGAGGGCAAAGAUUCGGGACAGGACGUGAUGCAAUGGACAGGACCUGGCAUCUUUACCGACAACUUCUUCGACUAUGUGAACAACGUCGAGAGUGACGGCAAGCUAGGCGACGGGUACGGCGUCGGGUCAUCGUACUGGGUGCGCCACGAGAAUCCGACAGCCAGUUGGUCGACUGUGACAACCUUUUUGGAAAACUGGGAUAAAAUCUGCUAUAUCUUUGGCAACCUGUCAGGGAUCAAUGAGAGUCAUUCAGAGAUAGGAGAUGAUCCAAAGCUGAAGAGAUUCCUAGACCAAAAGGAUAAGUACACACUGGAUGAACAUCAAAGAUGGGUGAUCAAAUCAUUACUUGAGUUCAAACCAAUGAUCGAAGAAUUUUUAGGAUUUAACUUCAUUGUGCAAAAGUUCACUGAAUGGAUGAAGAUCUUUGAAACUGAGGGAAAGAACACCAUUUUUUCUUAUGCGAGAACAUACAUGAAGGUUCUCAAGCUGUACCGAGCAAUCUCAGAUAUUUUACAUGACGGAUCUGAGAUGAACGAUCGUUUUGACCUAUCACAAGAGCUCUUCUUCUGGCCAGAUAAUAACGAUGCUGACACAGUUGAGUUCAAGACAAAUCCCAAAAGUCUUGAUUCCAAGUUUCUCGAGGCAAUAGCUUCAUCUUAUCCAAAGUUUUCCCAGUAUUUCAAUUUAGCGUUCGCCGAAGAAUUAAUGAUAGUUGGGUCAUUACUGGAUCUAAGCGAUCGCAAUGUGAAACUGUUUGCUACAAUCAAUUGGGAUUCCGAGGAUGCACCUGCAAAAGCUCUUACCAGAAAAUCUUUCGAAGAAAUGGAGAAGACAGAGGAUUUGUUGCUGAGGGCAGAAGUUAUAUACUUCAGGGACGAAGGAGUCAGCAAACAAUUUGAUAUCGAAUCUUUUAAGUUUUGGAGCUCAGAUAUGUCUAUGGAAUUCCCAAGACUUCGGAGUAUAUUUACAGUGGUGAACAGUGUUCCCAUAUCCAAUUCUUCAUUGGAGAGCUCAUCCAUUUUUGCUAAAAGAGUUCGAGGAUUGCGCAGAGCCAACACAGAUCCCAAGAAACUUUCUCAACUAAUCAGUCUGCCUUCUUUUUUCAGAAAGAUACCAGAAGUGAAGGACGUCUUUCCAGGGAUUGAUGAUACUCCAGAAAAGAGUGAUAUCAAUGACUCUUCAAACGAAUCUUGUUCAAGCGAGGACGAAGCGGAAAUGGUCUUCUAG